UUUCUCUCUCUCUCUCUCUCUCUCUCUCUCUCUCUCUCUGUUUCUGAUGGCCUCUGAUCGCCCCGGUGCAGAGAGCUGUACGUCUCCACUCGGCUCCGGCUCACAGCGAGACUCUGAGAUGUGGGAGGAAAACUUUGACACCGAGAAUCAUGGUGUGGGCAGAAAGAGAGACUACUCUCCCGUAUCUUGGAGCGAAUACUUUGAGAUGAUGGACGACGUGGUGGUGGGAUCAGCAGAAAGCAAGGAUGUGUUCCGUGUGUAUAAGAGUGGGCAGGACGGGCCUCUGCUGGUGCUGCUGCAUGGAGGGGGACACUCAGCGCUGUCCUGGGCCGUAUUUACUGCAGCCAUGACGAGUCGUGUCACCUGCCGAGUUUUAGCCAUGGAUCUACGAGGUCACGGUGUUACUCAAGUCCGCCAUGCUGAUGACCUCUCCACCCAGACCAUGUCCAGAGAUGUAGCAAAUGUGGUGAGAGCCACAUAUGGCGAGGUCCCGCCCCCCAUCGUCCUGGUUGGCCACAGUAUGGGCGGAGCCAUUGCUGUCCAUGCUGCCAGUGGGAGCUUACUGCCAUCAGUGGUGGGCCUGGUGGUUAUCGAUGUAGUAGAAGGAAGUGCCAUGGACGUUCUUCACAGCAUGCAGAACUUCCUGAAAGGUCGACCCAGAUCCUUUAAGUCUAUUGACCAUGCGAUUGAAUGGAGUGUUAAAAGUGGCCAAAUCAGAAACCUGGAAUCAGCCAAAGUGUCCAUGGUCGGCCAAGUGCGGAGGUGUGAGGUAGAGGACGGAGACUGUGCGGAACAGGUGAGUCCAGUAACAGAGAGUGUAGCUGAAGGCCACGAGGAGUUCUACGACCUCAACUACGCCACUGACAAAGCUGAGAGCACUGCGUCAGAGCCAUCAAGUGUGUACAGCUGGAAGAUUGACCUGUCUAAAGCGGAAAAGUACUGGGACGGCUGGUUCAGAGGCAUCUCCAACCUCUUCCUGAGCUGCAACGUCCCAAAACUGCUGCUGCUGGCAGGUAUUGACCGUCUGGACAGAGAUCUGACCAUCGGACAAAUGCAAGGGAAAUUCAUGAUGCAGGUGCUGCCCCCUUGUGGACAUGCCGUGCAUGAGGACACACCAGAUAAGGUGGCUGACGCUCUUGCUGGUUUCAUGACCAGACACAAGAUUGCAGAGCCUCGCAGCGAAACCAAGAGUUUGCAACAGCGCUGAGCUGACCGGCACCUUCUAGAGGCAGGAGCUCCAGUUCAGCUCUCUAAUGAAGAAUCCUGACUUCUUUCUGUUCCACUGUUCUUUUUUUUUCUACAUGUCAGUCUUACCUCUCUACUAGUUUACUACUAGUUUCAGCAGCAGUUAUCAGCUUUCUUACUAUUUCUGACUUACCUUUUCUUGUGUGUGUCACCUAGAACUACAGGUGAUUUGUGUAUCAGUGCCAAGAUACCUGAUUUAAUCUGAAAACGGCAUUUCAUUUCAAAUCAGAAUGAAAAGCUUUACCCAAAAAAAAUCACAAUAAAAUUUAUUCAUAUUCAAAGCACAGCCUGACCCCACGUGCAAAAUAUUUAUAUUGACCACUGAAGAGCAGGAGCUCAAAGGGAAACCCAGUGUUUGUGGGAGGCAGUAUGUGUGUGUUUUUGAGUGUGUGUUGGGCUCCGUUUGAACGCAGUAGUGUAGUGUUGUGUUGUAGUGUGUGUUUUUGUGGACAGUGAAUAAAUAGGCAUUAGGUGCAUGAAAAACGCAGGUCAGUCAACUCCAAAUAAUGGUGUGUGUGUGUGUGUUUGUGUACCAAAUGACUGAAUUUCUCCAUCUGAUAAAAGUCCAUGAUGAAAAACUGUGGAAUAAUGAGGAAAAAUUCCCAAAAAAGAGGAUCAGGUUGACAAAAUACUUCUAUUUACAAUGUACAAUAAACCAAAACAGUGGAAGAACAAGAGAUACAACUUAAAUGGAAUCCACUUAAAUACAAAUACAGGUGUGUAAGGCCUGCAGCUUCAUGCUCUAAAGUCGUAUGAAAUGCCGUGGUCCGCAAGAGUCCAAAGAGUAAAAGAGCACUUUCCUGGGGAAAAACGCCUUAACACCUCUCACGCCAGCAGAAUACUC